AUGCCAAGGGCUGUUGCGGUCAUCCUCUUGGGUCAGAUCUUCACGCUAGUUUCUGGGCACGGCCCUGCCAAGUCUUGGAAGACAUUGGGCACUCCCGGGUGGAAGACCUUGAGGCGCUUUCUCCGCCAGCGAGGUGGGGUGUGGAGCUCGGCGCUGGAGAGCGGCCCCAGCGAGGGGCAAAGCCGGGGAAGCACGUGCGUGGCACGAAGAGCCAUCCCAAGUGGUGAGUUACUCUUUGAGAUCCCCAUCGAUGUUGCCCUGUGGCGUGGUACAGCCACUGUGGGUAGAUCAUCUUGGCAACACUUCUCUGCGCUCACACAGACUGAAGAGCUGAUACUUUUCCUGGCCAUGUUGAUGAAGUCCAAUCGUCAGCUCGGUGAUUCACCCUUGGCGACCUACGCAGCUCUAUUGACCCAGGAACCGCCUCCCUCCUCGGUUCUUUGGGACCUGGAGGAACUCGGCUGGUUGAGCGGAACCGAAGCCGGUACCAUGACGGAACACUUCCUGCGGCGGCUCGCGCGGAUUCAUGCGGCUGCUCCCCUUCUGGUGGAAUAUUCGGACCUCAAGGUGGCCUUUGCCCAGUACUACGCCAGGCACCUCAAGCUGCCCCUCGGAGCCGAGCAAGCAGAGCCAAUCAUGCUGCCUGGCAUCGACUCAUGUCGACAUCGUGAAGGGUCUGCAAAAGCGGUCUUUCUACCGGAGCGACGAGUCGUUCAACUCCGAUCCUCCACUCCGCUGAAACCUGGAGACGAACUCUUUGUCGAUGCCGGCGUCGAGGACACCACCGAUCUGCUGCUGAAAGGCGAUGAGAGGGUCGACCUGAAAGGAUUCGCCCUGAGGGCUGGGGAACUGUUAGCAGUGCCACUGGAAGAGAACGGUAACCAUCAGCAAAAGCGUCUUUUGCUUCAGCAGCUGGCUUGGCCCAGGGAGGUGCGCCUGCGCAGUGACGAAGUGGAGGACCUCCAGAGUUUGCGCUUGGCUUCUAUGCCUGAUGAGGAGUUCACAGCUUGGUCUGUUGGGGCCUUGGUGGGCGGCGCUCCCUUGGCGGUGUCCCGGGCCUUCCGCACGGAGCUGCGCGCGUCCAAGUGGCUGUUCACCAUGUGCGGAGCUCGAGAAGAAGCCGCCAGGUGGACUCCCGAUGGUCUCGAGCAAGCCGUGUCCAAUCAAGCAAGCCGUGCCAGGAUUGCAUCAAGAUACCGCCAGACGCUUGCAGAGGUGUACCAGAAGUGUCGCUCGCGAGCUGGACAGAAGCUGGAGAAGCUCCAAUCGUGGGCAAUGAAGCAGCAUUCCUGGGUGUUUGAUUACAUUCGCGAGGCUGUACAAAACACGCAAAAGCAAAGUGCGGUGCCUCCUGAAGCCUGGCAAGCACAAGUGGCGCACGUCACUCAGCUGGUUGCAGCCCCGAUGAAGCUAAGUUUGCCAACCCUGCAGGACAAGAGCCAGAUAUAUGAAGUGGAGACCAUCGUGGCACUGGUGAAUUCCAAGGUGCAGGACUUCAUACCCUACUUCGAGCAAUUGCUGCAGGCGUCCUCGAGCAAUUUUCACCUUGACCGUGUCACAAGGCUGGCACUGGCCAUGGCUCGCUUGAAAGGUGUAGCUUGCGGAGCUGACCUCACAGAUUUUCAGUGGAUCAACCAACUUCGAGGGAAGAAAGAUGUCCUUGGAACCUUCAAGUACCUCCUUCCUGAAAUGGAAAAGCUCCACAAGGAGUUCCAGAGACAGCCGUGA